AUGUCUGAUGUCGAUGUCGAAAAUUAUCACGGGCGGUCUUUUUCUGCCGACAACGACAACCACAAACAAACCGCCAAUAUUCAGUCCCUAACUCCCGUUCCGACUCUCCUCUCUGCUUUACUCGCAAAUUCAUACUCCGCCGAUUGCCAUCCUCACUCUCCAUCCCGACUUCUACAUCGCGCAGCCAACGGAGUCAUCGCUCUUCCGGCUCUGCCGCUUCUGCUCACAGACGCGGUGGAGAUGUCUUCUCCACAUGCUGUACCGACUACACCUCGAGUAAUAUCACCGUCGCCUACGCCGUCCGAUGCAUCGGAACAGAGAGAUGGAUACUUGGCUCCCGUGACGCGCUCGGCAGCCCGAAGACAGCGUUUUAACACCGAUACCCAGGCAAUUCCCGAGGAGGAUCAAAAUAACGACUCUGAACACCAAUCGCGAUCCGGGCCGAGAAAUCCUUCUUCACGAUCCGGAGCGGCAGGGACCGCUAGAAGACGUGGCUCUACAAGGAAAACACCACAGUCGGCGUCGUCGCCGGUAGUGAAAUCACAGCCUUUGGUAGGAGCCAACGGGAAACCAUCUUCAAAUGGCUACUUGUCUCCAUACGCCAAUUUACAAGAUCGCUGGCGAGAUUUGUCAAGGUCGCCAUCACCAUUGGGACUAAUACCGUUACAUGAAAACUAUCGCACUUUCAUUCACAAGCACGAAAUACCGCGCAAACUUUUACAUGUCUCAAUUGGAUUCGUGACAUUAGAAUUUUAUAGGCGCGGAGUUCAAACAUUUGAGAUCACACCAUGGUUACUCUCCGCACUCAUUCCUAUUGCUGCUACCGAUAUACUCCGACAUCGAUAUGAUAGCGUCAAUCAAUUAUAUAUUCGUUCGCUUGGAGCGCUUAUGCGGGAAUCUGAAGUCAAGGGCUAUAAUGGCGUUAUUUGGUAUCUUUUAGGUGCAUAUAUUGUGCUGCGCGCAUUUCCCAAAGACGUUGGCGUCAUGGGAGUUUUAUUGUUGAGCUGGUGUGACACCGCUGCAUCCACUUUUGGUCGUCUGUAUGGCAAACACACCAUCAAACUACGCCAUGGGAAGAGUCUUGCAGGCACAGCUGCUGCUUUUCUCACCGGUGUAGUUACAGCACUCUUUUUCUGGGGCGCAUUUGUCCCCAGCAUUGGAACGUUCCCCAACGAUCCGGAAGAUGCUUUCAUGUUCUCGGGUCGACUUAACUACUUCCCAGAAUCGAUCAGGAACCUAGUCGGCUGGACUAGUAGUGGUUAUCAAAGCAGUGUCAUCACAGGCCCAUUGGCGCUUGGUGUUGUGAGCGUUGUUUCUGGCAUUGUUGCAGCUGGGAGUGAAUUUAUUGAUCUUUUCGGUUGGGAUGAUAAUCUUACCAUACCCGUUUUGAGCGGGUUAGGCUUUUGGGGGUUUCUCAAAUUGUUUGGUUAA